UUUCAACAGGCAGCGCACAUGCUUUGCAUGAAGAUGGUCCCAGACUGAAUCCUUAGCCUUCCGAAGUAGAAUUGGGACCGAGUCCUGCAUAAAAACCCUGAAACAGCCACUUGUCAAUUAAGCCAUCACACCACAAAAGGAAUUGCCACUGGGAUCCUAUGCCUGUUUUUCUUUCCAUACUGAGCUGCUAUAGGAAGUACACAUGCAGCCAGUGGUUUGCGGAGUGGCGCUGAUCCAUGGAUCACCAUAACAGGUGGUAAUUCAUAUGAUUUAAUGUUUCUCACAUAAGAAAAUAUGCUGUAUGAAGAAAACCAGCGUACAAGGAAGAACUCGCCUAACCUUCUCUUUAAUAUGUGAAAGUUCUACCUAAAAUGAAGUCACAUAUAAUUUUGUUGCUGUGCCUGGAAGUACUGGCUCUCCCUGUUUUUGAAGGCAAUGAGCUUCCGGAAACCAAGGAUCGUGACCGCCGGUUCUUGUUGGGAAACAUUUUUGGUGGGAAUAAUCCCCCUACUCCUCCCGUGAAUAUCAAGGCCCCAGUUUUACCCGGCUCCUCCCUGAUAGGGCCAGAAUACUUUUGCCAAGGUGGUUGCCGUGAUGGCUGGAUAAGUUACAUGGGCCAGUGCUACAUCUUUGUUCCAAAUCAGAUGACAUGGGAGCAAGCUGAGUGGACCUGCCAAAAUCAAGCCAAAGGGGGACAUCUGACCAGUAUCUCAAGUGCAGAACACAAUGCUUUCCUUGUAAACCUGGCUACUUAUUACGGACAAAGAACAGCUCAGUUCUGGACAGGAGGAAGCCAACGAAGAGGAUCUUCUCUAAAAUGGACGGAUGGCUCUCUGGCAAAUUUCAUUCAACGCCCGCUGAGCUCACUUCUUCAUGUGGUCGGGGAAACAAUUAACAGCAUUCUGAAUAUUCGCAUUUGCUUGAAGUUAAAUAUCAAUAUAGGAGGCCAGGGUAACUGGGAUGGCUCGGACUGCAAAAAGAAAUUACCCUUCAUCUGCAGCUACAAACCCAAUCUGACACCACCCUAAUCUACAGUGGAAAGACAAUGCUACCCAUUUCUCCUACAUAACAACUGUGUUGUUCGUGGGAUAUAGAUAGAUAAUUCACAAAUAAUUGCUUUCUUUUCUAGGCCCUUGUAUUCAUUUUCUUACUUUCUUUCAUUAAAAAAGCCAGAGCAUCAUUUACUAAUGAGAAUUGGAUAUUGACACAGGGCAUCAUUUAGAAUACAACAGAAAUGGUAUUACUUAAACAAAGUGGGGCUUGAUUUGAGUGCUUAACAAGAUUAUAUGCUACUUAUACCCCACAGGGAUUUAAAGAAUAUUGACAAGAAACCUUUCGUUUAAAAAUAAUUACAAAUCAGUCAUUAAAGCAUUACUUAUUUUUACCA